GCCGGAAUCACUGAAGGUGAUCAUCGCCGAUUCAGAAAAUAUCGGUUACUUUCAGUAAAGCUUUCAUCAUUUCGUUUCAAAAAGGUGUACUUGUCUACACGGCUCCCCGCUGUUUCCCCUCCCUCUUGUUUCCUUCUCUCUCCCGAGUCCCGAAAGCUUGGGGAUUUCGACAUUUUAGUAGAGCUUUUGAGUUUCUUAUUUGGGAAACCAACUUCCUGUUGAUUAAGAUUUCUUACAUUCGCCAAGCAAAUCUCUGGACACCUCCAGCAUUUCAAAUGUCAGACAAUUGGUUCAAACUGUUAAUAGCCAUCCCACCAUAUGAAUAUUUCAGUUUUAGCUGCUGCUUCAUCCCUGUGAUACAGAUAGAGAAGAACAUUAUGAUUUUGCCAUUUUGGUGUGAGCAAAGCAAGACAUAACUGUGCGUUGUGGGUCAUUUACAUGGGACAUUGGAGGCCUAAUGAGCUCUGCCCCUAAUUGGAGUUAAACUAUGCAUAGAGAAUGUGUUCUUGCUUACUGACUUAUCAGGUUUCAGACACUACCUGUUAAAAUUUUCAUCUGUGAUUAUGUUCUCUGUUCCAGUUGUCUUGGUUUGCUUUCAUUAUUUCUAUGCAUGUCUAGGAAUCACCUAAAUAACCGAAAUAUUGUGUGUUAUGAAGUGUUUUGUUAAGAAAGAUAGAGAAGACCAGAAUGACCCUACCACAUCCAAGUUCCUUGAAACUUUACUCACUGUAUAUCAUGAUCCAGAUUUGAUGCCAAUCCAAUAUUCCCUGGUGCUCUAGCUGCUGAAGUUUGAAGUUGCCAUAUCUAGUUCCAAUGUUCCAGGUUUACUAGCUGGAUCUUGGUCCCUCUGUCUGCUAUUGGACCAACAGAUCAGUGUAGAUAUCCUCUGAAAAAUCCAGAUUGAAGUAGCGGUGAACAAAUGGCAUAUACCUAGGUUUCCAUACAGCAUAUCUGAUGGCUGCUACAUCAGUAAUUCUACUGCAAAUGCUUCUGAUUACUUGACAACUUGACAACAAGUCUCGAGUCAUGUUUAACAGAGAAGGAAGAUUCUAGUGGGAGAGAUUUGGGGUUGGAUUAUUUCAGUUUCUGUGAUGCUGCUCAAUCUUCCAGGUGUGAAGACAUUGUUGAAGAAGGACCUGAUAUGGAAGCACUGGAUUUUCAUUUUGUGGAUGAUAUUGGAUCAUCCAGUUACUACUCUCCCUUUGAGAUGGCUGAAGAGAUUGAAGAGCCAGUGGAGUCAGAAUUUAUCGGACGAGACCUCAAUGUUAAGAGCUGCCAUGAAGAGAAUGAAGUAUGAGAGGAAGUAUAUGAUUUUGCAAAAUAAAAAUUGCUGGUAAUAAGUUUCAAAAACAACGUUGGGUAUCAUCCUAUUUAAAAAUCACCUCGCUGUGUAGAAGUAUAAGUACAAAUUAUAUGAACCAUCAAAGAAAGCAUAUAUAGGAUA